AUCGAAAAAGUCGUUUUAGAGUUGAAUGAGAAGUGUGACAUUGAUAUAUUUAUAUGUACAAAAAAACUCUUUUCACAUAUUUUAACUUUUCCGCCAAUAACAGUUAUUUACUCCGCGUAAAAGCUGGCUGCACUGAACAAACAAAUUUCCGUGGAAUGACAAAUCGGCAAAAAGAAGCAUUUUAUAAACAAACUUUCUGAGAAGUUGCGCGCACAAAAAACUAAAGCUUGUGAAAUCGCCAUGUCUGCGGAGGUCUCUACCAACGAAGCUGCUCCGCCGGCGGAGAAGAAGUCGAAGCUGACCAAUGCCCAAAAGGCGCGGAUCGAAAGAAACCAGGCCAAGGCGCAGAAAUUGCGGGAGGCCAAGUUGGUUUCGCAUCCAUUCAAGGAGCUGGCCAGCAACAAGGAGGGCGGCAUCCAUCCGGAGGCGGCUCUCAGCCAGGGAAGCUCUGUGAUCAAGGUGCAGGGCACCAAGUACAUAGACUCCGGCGGGGGCUUCCUGCUCGAACAGCCUGUUCUGCCCACGGCCGUGGGGCCAGCGGGCCUCAAUAAGUCCGGGGAGGAGGCGCCGCCAAUUCUGGACGACGCCAUUGCCAUACCAGUGCAGUACGAGGAGUGCCUGGAGUGCGGUGACGUGUUCGCCGACUCCUAUUUGUUCAACAACUUUGGGCAUUCGGUGUGCGACAAGUGCCGGGACAAGGAUGAACGCUACGCGCUGAUUACCCGCACCGAGGCCAAGGCAGAGUACUUGCUGAAGGACUGCGACUUCGACAAGCGGGAGCCCAAGCUGCGGUAUAUAAGCCGCAAGAAUCCGCACAACGUGCGUUGGGGCGAGAUGAAGCUGUAUCUGCAUCUGCAGAUCCACCAGCGCGCCCUGGAGGUCUGGGGCAGCGAAGAGGAGCUGGUGCGCCAGCACGAGGCGCGCGAGGACAAGCGGGAGGAGGGCAAGGCGCGCAAGUACAACAAGAAGAUGAAGCAGCUGCGCAUGGAGGUGCGCAGCAGCAUCUACACCAAGAAGACGCACGAAGUUCACGAGCACGAGUUCGGACCGGACACCUACGAUGAGGAGGAGGACACUUACACCCACACCUGCCUCACCUGUCCAUACAGCGAGACCUACGAGAAGAUGUAGGUCGAUGUGCAGAGCACACAGUCGCCUCCUCCAAGCGUCGACAGGAUCUGAAGCCAUCGAAAACUGAAAACCCUUUUUUUUUGCCACCAUCUUAAGUUCCUUACUUUGUAAACUCAUGUUACAUUAAAAACCUAGUUUAGUGAAUUCUAA